CUGUCCCUUAUCGUCCUCCUCUCCCUCUUUCAGACUAGGAGAACGAGGCCGGCGACCUCGGCUGCCUGCGACAUCACCCCGCCGAGCUUCAUGAGAUGGAACAGCGGCUACAGCACGUGGUUCGACCGAGGCUCACCCGAGAAGUCACUCUCUUCCUUCGAAAUAGACGACGCCACAUUCAUGGAGUGCCUCGUCAACGACGUGGGCAGCCCCGACGACAGCCUUCGGCGACCUUUCCUGGCCAGGACUCCCCCCAGGCCCGAAGUGGUGGUCUCCGCCGCCCUGACGACGUCGACGCCGGCCUCCCAGAGGUCUAAGAAGAAAGUGACGUUCGCCUCUUCCAACGCGGCGGUGGCGGCGGCGAAGGCCAAGGCGAGCUCGAUGCCAGACCUUCUGGAACCACCGGUCCCAGCGGCGCCGUGCAUCAAAGUGGAUGAACAACCGGAGUCCAAGACCAGGGCCAGGAACUCGUUCGUGUUCUCGGCGCUCAGCAAGAUGCCGUUUACGACAAAGCGUAGCGGUUCAUUUGUGGAAAUCGCGCCGUCCACGGUCGACCAGCGAUGAACGACUGUUUUGUGGCAGUGUCCGUGUACAUAACAAUCAUGCGUGCCGCGUGGGACUUCGUAACACGUGUACAACUUUCGUUACUAGGCUUUACAAAUAAGCCGGUCACGAGUUGUUUUAUUUUUUCUUCGAGUACCUUGCCGAAUGCCGGAUCUCUCUAUUAAUGCGUAAGUUAAUUGCCAGGAGGAAUGUUGUUAUUCACUAUGCUCUCUGCAAACAAAAUGACACGUGAGCACACAACAAGGGGUGCUUUUCGGAAACUACGAAAGCUCACCUGUUUUUUUUUCUUCGACAGAUGCUGUGGUCAUCGCUAAAUAAUAUUGCGAAGAUAUCCUUUAGCAACAUUCCCGAGUUUUGUGCACCGUCGUUGGACUGUAUAGCUCUGUGUAGUCGCCGGAUGUGACGUGAACAGGUGUUUUGUCGCGAUGUCAAACGCCGUCUCCUCUGGUAUAGAACAAAUGGCUCGCGGUAAGCGGUAACAGAAACUUUAAAUCAGAAGCAUCCUUUUGACUUCCUAGGUUCUUUAAUAAAAACGAUAAAUACACA